AUUAAUUAUAACCCUAAUCAACAAUUCUUAGAUCUUUUCCAAAUCACAAUACAGCAUUUAACUAUCAAUUUAAACAAUUAAUUCAAUUUUUUAUGGAGAAUCAGAUAGAUUUAUUAUGUUUGGAAACCCCUGAGGAGGCUUGCUUGUCAGAACUCCUGGAAUCUUCCAAGAGAGACUUGGCUGACAAGAUGGUUACAUUCGCAUACUCAAAAUUAAUAUUUUCAGAUCAUUACACGAUAAAACUGAAGAAUAUGAAGAAGAAAUACGACGAAAUGAGUAACACUUCAAAGACUAUUAAGCAUUUACUCAUGAUUGACCCUUUGGAGAACAUUUUAAAAGAGGAUCUUGAAUAUUUCGUAAUUUCUCUGGUCUUACUCAUAAUUUACCACAAUUACUUGAAAGAGGCUAGGAGAUUAUUAAAUUAUGACAUAAUGCGCGGCGCAAGGCGUGAGAUAUUUAAAAGAUACGGCUUCAACUUCACCCUAUACCUUGAGGAUCUUGAAACUUUCAUAAUUGAACGUUAUUUUCUGCUAGAAAAAAGAGUAAAAAGCGCAAUUUCAAACGGAGUAAAACACAUUAACAUCAACAAUACAAAAAUACCACUCGAAUAA